UCAAAAACCGCCAUUAGAAAGAUAGGGAGGAGGAAGAGUCUCAGCAGCAGAGAAGGGAGUGGAAGGGACUGCGGGUUUAGGAGGAGAGGGGGGACGUCUGUUAACCCUGGGGACCGAGGGGCAAGGGUGAGGGGGCAGCAAGUGGGGGACGCGCAGAGGAGCGCGCCGGGGUCUGAGGAAGCGCAGAGCAAGCGCGGUCAAUCCUCUGGGACUGAGCUAGAUAGGGCCUGGAGUGCAGGAGCGGUGAAGGGCUGAAGGAGGGUUGGGGGGGAAGGGUGAUAUCCUGUAACCCAGAGGCGCGAAGCGGCGGUCAGAGGUCAGGAGGGGGCGCGGCAGGAGUGGCCAAGUGUCCAGGAGCCGGGCGAAGUCUCCUGCUGGGACUGGGCAGGACAGGGCGGGGCCCUGACAGGUGUGAGAAAUUGGUGUUUUAGCCAAGACUUUCAUUGACCAAGGGAAGCUCAUCCCAGAUGACGUCAUGACUCGGUUGGUCCUUCAUGAGCUGAAAAAUCUCACCCAAUAUAGCUGGCUGUUGGAUGGCUUUCCAAGGACACUUCCGCAGGCAGAAGCCCUGGAUAGAGCCUAUCAGAUAGACACAGUCAUUAACCUGAAUGUGCCUUUUGAGGUCAUCAAGCAGCGCCUUACUGCUCGCUGGAUCCAUCCAGGCAGCGGCCGUGUCUACAACAUCGAGUUCAACCCUCCCAAAACCGUGGGAAUUGAUGAUCUGACUGGGGAGCCUCUUGUUCAGCGUGAGGAUGAUAGACCAGAGACAGUUGUCAAGAGACUGAAAGCUUACGAAGCCCAAACAGAGCCUGUCCUGGAGUACUACCGGAAAAAAGGGGUGUUGGAAACAUUCUCUGGAACAGAAACCAACAAGAUCUGGCCACACGUUUAUGCUUUCCUACAAACAAAACUUCCACAAAGAAACCAGGAAACAUCAGUUACUCCAUGAGGAAAAGUGCAUGUAACUAGGAAGAUGAGCAGAAGCUCCUUGUCUUUUGCAUUUAGAAGUUCCUUGUCCUAAGACUCUGGCCUGUAUAAAUUCUUUGAAAAUUAUGUUAGUUUCAUUUCUGCUGAUUUUAUCCUGGAAAUUAAGGAUGUGCCAAAUGAGUCAGUUAUGAAGAUUCAUCUUCUGAAAUGUUUAGUGUGUUGUAUCUAGUUACCUUCUAACUAGAUAAAAUUAGAAUUUAAUUAGCACAAUUAUAAAACAUUAUAAAUGUCUAACUAGACUUGAAAAUUGUUGAGUGUAAUUGAAAGGGCAAUUGGUAAUCUAAGUUUUGUUCAGAAAAGAAGUGGUGGAUAAAGUUUCCUUAUUUUUCUGGAAAAGUAAAAAAAAAAACUUCCCUUUCACUUGUGGAAAGUAUCUUAUCAGAGGCUUUUGUGGAUAGUGAUGUGAAAAAAGAGACCUCUAGCACUGUGAUACACACAAACUGUGGGACACUGUCAAAUGGAAUUCCUGGGGGGAGAAAAAAGCAACUGAAUUUAUAGAUUAGUUGCAGGAUGCAAAUUCACUGCUGCCUUUUAUUGACCUCAAACAGAUUGCCAGAUAUUUCUCCAGCAAAAUGGGUUUAUUCGGAAUCAGCAGAUAAUUGCAAUUUGGAGUCUCAACCAUGGUGAGCCGGGUGCAAGUCCUCCCCACAGCAUGGGAAUGACAAUACUUUCAUAGACGAGAAAAGGAAGUUGGGAGGGCUGUAGUAAACAAGUCCAUGGCUUUUUGUUGGCUGAGUCCUUGCCAGAAGUCUUGUCUUCUUCCUUUUGCGCUAUGCUGUCUUCACAAGGGAUGAGAGCUCCCCCUUGUGGUCUCCUGACUACUGAGGUUUCUGGGCUUUUUUUACACUUUACACUAGCAACCUUUUGGUAACCACAUAUCCUGUAUUUUGUUGUUUUUAAACACACUUUCACUUUACUCCAGAUUUUGUUUGCUAUAAAAAUGUACCAAUUAGCGCAUAGCGAAAUGUAUUUUCCUAUCUCUUAUUUUCUUUUGAAAAACCUUGUCUACUGAGGGAUAUGACUUGUUAGAAAUUGACAUCGUAAAUUCUUGGAAAAGCACCAAAGUUGAAUUUUCAACAGAAUAUGUAAUUAAACUCUGUUUUCAGAAGUUAUUCAGGUUGAAAAAUGUGCACUUUAGGACCUACUUGCCAGUUUCUUUUUUGAUCCCAAUGUAUGAUCUGUCUUGAUGAGUAGCAAAUGGAAGGCAGGCAGGCAGGCAGGGGAGAAAGGAAAGGAGACUCGUGGCAUUAGGUUAAGUAAGCAUACUUUGUCGUUAGGAAAUAGAUCAGGUUUGCCUGGGGGAAACCCAGGCAAUUAUAACAAUCAUAAUUAGUAAACAAGUGUAGGAAUUACAAGGAUUCACACAACAUAUUAAAAAGAACCAGGAAACUCAUUGAUUUUGCUUAGAAGAGUUCUUUAUUCCUAAUCAAAGAAGUUGACACCUGCUCCUGUUCACUGCUAUCCUUUCUUAAUGGGGAAGAACUCUGCCAGUGAAUGUAACCUGGGCAGCCACUUUGAAAUGAAAAUGAUUUGAUUCCUUAGAGGGGUAACAGGAUGCAUGCUUAUGUACAGUGGUAGCUUGGUAGGAAGAGUGGGGCAAUAUGAGAGGUGAAGGAGAAAUCUGACAAUAUCUUCAAUUCUCUUACUUGGUGCUAGAUUAAAUGAAACAAGUCAGUGUGUAAGCUGUUAUCAUACUGCCUUUGGAAAUUUGCCCCAUUUUAUUCCAGGCACUGAAAAUACAGAUGCUACCAAGUGAUUCUUAUGUAUCUUGUGGGGAAAAAAAGCUGACUUUUCUUUGAUUUUUAAAAGUUCAGUAUUGAUCUUUCAAAAAUGUACUGAAGCUUUUUAAAAAAAGGAUUAUGGUAAACAUUCACAUAGCUGCUUUAUUUGAAUGUUAGUAUGUACAUUCUAAAAAUGUUGGGUACUGAUUAUCCAGUGUUAUCAAUGAAUUAGCAUUAAAUGAAAAUUCAGAGCUGUGGAUAUUACUUGGUCUUUGGUAACUCACAGGGCCCACUCUUAACUCACCUUCCCUUUAUUGCCCCCAUGUCUCAUUGGCUUCUGAGUUAGUCUCUGCUUUCUAAUAGUCGUCUUAGAACAGUUUUACAUAUAUAGGUUGGUUUCAUUUUACCCUUUGUUUCCUGCUGCAGGAUUGCAGCCAUACUGGCCUUCUUGACACUGUUAGGAGAUUUGGGAAUCAAGAAGAGGGAUAGAAGAACAUGGCUAUGAAAAUCCUAGUGCACCACUACAAUAUUGUAAAGUAAUUAGCCUCCAACUAAUAUAAAUGAGAAAAAGAAAAGAAAAAAAAAAAAGAACAUGGUAUGAAAAUUAAGACCUGCCCUUCCUGUGACCAUUUCCUCUCCACUCCCAAAACUGAAGUUUUGCAUACAUCCAUGACUUUGGGAAACACCUGUGCUAUUACAAAAAGAACUUGUUUUCUGCUGUAAUACCUAUCAUUAUGAUCUGUGUGCCACAUGGAAAUAUGUCCAGAGCUGACUGCCAAGGCCAGAAGCUACUGUGCCUUUGUUAAAAGCUAGUAAGACUUCAAACCAUUACCCUGUUUUCUACAGCACCACAGUAAUUUUGGUACACCUUUCAUAAGCAGAGUAUGUUGUGGGAAAUGCAAAUUGGCAGUACCAUCAAGAAAUUUUAUUUCUUAAUUCAUUUCUUUUUCUGUUUAUUUCCAUUUCUUAUUCAAAUAGUCUAAAUUUCUAAACCCUGCCCCACAACUACUUCUCUCCAGCUAUUUUCAAUGGCAUUUGAGCAAAAUAUUUUGAACAUUCAGUUUGUGACAAAACUUAGCUAUGUUAACAGAUCAUAGUAAUUAAAGGCCUCAUUAUAUUGAAUGGCUAUAAUAUUCAACAGCAAUAAAUUUUAAAACAUGUUUA